AUGGGAAAAGGAGAGGAAGAUGCAGUGAACACCAAUGGCGGCUACGAAGGAAUCGGAAUUUGGAAGGGGAGACACAGUCCCGCUAACAGGCUUCCCAAGGCAUUAGUCCUAGCACCUACUAGGGAGUUAGCCAAGCAAGUUGAGAAGGAGAUACAGGAAUCUGCUCCUUACGUGAAAACGGUUUGUGUUUAUGGGGGUGUUUCUUAUGUAACGCAGCAGAGUGCGCUUUCGCGAGGUGUUGAUGUGGUGGUUGGAACACCGGGUAGAAUAAUUGAUCUAUUGAAUGGAGGUAGCCUUACUCUGAGUGAGGUGCAGUAUUUGGUGCUUGAUGAAGCUGAUCAGAUGCUUGCUGUUGGGUUUGAGGAGGACGUGGAGGUCAUUUUGGAUAAGGUCCCUGCGCAGCGCCAGACCAUGCUGUUUUCUGCUACCAUGCCUGGUUGGGUCAAGAAACUGUCCAGAAAGCAUUUGAACAAUCCUUUGACAAUUGAUUUGGUUGGCGAACAAGAAGAGAAACUUGCUGAAGGGAUCAAACUUUAUGCUUUAUCAGCCACUGCCACUUCAAAACGGACAGUUCUGUCUGAUCUUAUAACUGUUUAUGCAAAGGGUGGAAAGACUAUUGUUUUUACGCAGACAAAAAAGGAUGCUGAUGAAGUAUCAUUGGCAUUAACGAGUAGUAUAGCCUCUGAAGCACUGCAUGGUGAUAUAUCUCAGCAUCAGAGAGAGAGAACAUUGAAUGGUUUUCGACAAGGGAAAUUCACAGUGCUUGUUGCCACUGAUGUUGCUGCUCGUGGACUUGAUAUUCCGAAUGUUGAUUUGGUUAUACAUUAUGAACUUCCCAAUGAUGCUGAGACUUUUGUACAUCGUUCUGGUCGCACUGGGCGGGCAGGAAAAGAGGGUACUGCCAUAUUGAUGUACACCAGUAGCCAGAAGAGAACAGUUAGAUCCCUUGAGCAUGAUGUUGGCUGCAAAUUUGAAUUCAUUAGUCCACCGGCUAUGGAAGAAAUUUUGGAGUCAUCUGCUGAACAAGUUGUUGCUACACUUAAUAGAGUUCAUCCAGAGUCUGUGAAGUUUUUCACUGCAACUGCGCAAAAACUGGUUGAAGAACAAGGAGCAAGUGCCCUUGCAGCUGCUCUAGCACAGAUGAGUGGAUUCUCUCAACCUCCAUCAUGUCGGUCUCUUAUCAAUCAUGAACAGGGAUGGAUUACACUACAACUUACACGAGAUUCAGACACUUCUGGAAGAUUUUUUUCUGCAAGAUCUGUCACUGGGUUUCUUUCUGAUGUUUAUUCUCCAGCUGCUGAUGAAGUUGGAAAAAUACAUUUAAUUGCAGAUGAGAGGAUUAAAGGAGCUGUCUUUGAUCUCCCGGAGGAAGUUGCUAGAGAGUUGCUCAAAAAGGAACUGCCUUCUGGAAACACUAUUUCCAAAAUCACCAAAUUACCUCCUUUGCAAGACGAUGAACCUGCAAGUGAUUUCUAUGGGAAGUUUUCUGACAGAGACAGAAGUAACCGAAGGGGUUCUAAUUCUAGGGAUCAAAGAGGCUUUAGAAGUUCACGAGGAUGGGAAGGAGGCCAAGACUCUGAUGAUGAGUUCGGAAGAGGCAGUAGAAAUUUCAGAUCAGGCAACAAUAGGUCUCGAAUGGGAAAAAACAGCGGCGAUGACUGGCUAAUUGGAGGUGGACGAUCCAACAGAUUUUCAUCAUCCAACAGAAGCGGGCACGGAGGGGCCUGUUUCAAUUGUGGACAACCUGGCCAUCGAGCUGCAGAUUGUCGCAAAAAACGAGACUUUUUCUAGUUUGUACAUCUUUCGCUCUGGCACCACCCAAUCACAUAUCUAGGGAGCUGCACUAUUGAUGCCCUAACAUGGGGGGUUCAAGAAAUUGAAGAUGCUUUCCCACAGAAUCACAGAAUCGAUCUUACAUUUAAUAUCUAUUAUUUUUUUAGAAUUCUACGGAGAGGUCUCCACCUGUCCUGUCCAGAGAAUGAACAUUUUUGUCGUCACCCUUAUUGUAAUAUUUAUUUUUUUAUCAUUUCAUUGAGGCAUCAUGGUAUUUUUUUUGGCAAGAACAGUUACUGUACAAUGCUCUUUUGUCAGCUUAACCGUUGUUUCAGAAAAGAGAGGUAUACAUUUUUCACUAGUUCAUGAAUGA